GGGGCUCCACCGGGAGCGGGCUGCUCGCUCCGCCGGGCCCCGCGGACGGGGCCUGCCCCGGCUAUGCCCGUCGCUCCGGCCGUGGCACUCGUCCUGUUGCUGGCAGCCGCGGGUAGAGCCGCCCCCGCCAGGCGGAGUACAGAUGGAUCCCUCUCUGGGGUUGUGCAGAAGUGGAAGGAGUACCAGCUCCAGUGCCUAAAAUAUUUGUAUGAGGCUCCUCCUAUUGUAGCAGAAGGCAAGUUCUGCAACAGGACAUUUGACAACUAUGCCUGCUGGCCUGAUGGACUGCCUGGCACCUAUGUGAAUGUCAGCUGCCCCUGGUAUUUACCUUGGGCCAACACAGUGCUGCAUGGUCAGGUGUAUCGGUUCUGCACCUCUGAGGGUACCUGGCUGCUGAAGGAGAACUCAACUCUGCCCUGGAGGAACCUAACAGAGUGUGAGGCCUCUGAACAGGAUGCACCAGAAGAACAGCUCCUGAAUUUGUCCAUCAUAUACACCAUUGGAUAUGCUCUUUCAUUCUCUGCCCUCGUAAUUGCAACUGCCAUUCUUCUUGGAUUCAGACAUCUUCAUUGCACAAGGAAUUAUAUUCACCUGAACCUCUUCACCUCUUUUAUCCUCCGUGCUAUAUCUGUCUUCAUUAAAGACUCAGUGGUGAAGUGGAUGUACAACACAGCCACACAAGAGCACCAGUGGGAAGGACUUCUCUCCUUCCAGGAAUCCCUUAGCUGCCGUUUGGUGUUUGUGAUGAUGCAGUACUGUGUGGCUGCAAACUACUACUGGUUGCUGGUGGAAGGCAUGUACCUGUACACGCUGCUGGUACUGUCUGUCUUUUCUGAGCAGAGGAUUUUUCGGCUGUAUCUCUGCAUUGGCUGGGGUGUGCCAAUGCUGUUUGUUAUCCUCUGGGGAACUGUCAAGUACCUUUAUGAAGAUGAGGGCUGCUGGAGCAGGAACUAUAACAUGAAUUACUGGUUGAUCAUUAGACUGCCCAUUCUAAUCGCCAUUGGGGUAAACUUCUUGAUCUUUAUCAGAGUUAUAUGCAUCAUCAUCUCCAAGCUACAAGCUAAUUUGAUGUGCAAAACUGACAUAAAAUGCAGGCUGGCCAAGUCUACCUUGACAUUGAUCCCACUACUGGGAACCCAUGAGGUCAUCUUUGCCUUUAUUACCGAUGAACACGCCAGAGGGAUGCUGCGCUUUGUGAAGCUUUUUACUGAGCUCUCCUUUGCUUCUUUCCAGGGGCUGAUGGUUGCAGUUCUCUACUGUUUCAUCAAUAAUGAGGUUCAGAUGGAAUUUCGGAAAAGUUGGGAGCGCUGGAGAUUGGAACAUUUGUAUGUCCAGAGAGACAGCAGCAUGAAACCUCUGAAGUGUCCAGCCAACAGCAUCAGUAGUGGAGGCACAGUAGGCAGUAGUGUUUACGCUGCCACUUGCCAGGCUACAUUCAGCUAAGACUUCUGCAGGUGAACCUGACUGAGAACAAUGAACUGUAUAAUACACCCGAAAACCCUUAAAUACCCAAGCAAGUGGCUUAAGUGUGUCAUCUCCAGCAAGAAACUUGAGUAUAUGCUGCUCAUUGCCUGCAGGCUGUUGGACAAAGGUUUCUAGGGAAAGCAAUCUGCUAACGUAAUCAGCACAUCAGAGCAAAAAUUGAUCGUGUCUAAAGUAAGUUAAAAGUUUCUUCCUAUUUGCACACAGGGCCUCCAGGUGUCCAAAACUUAGCAUAGCAUUGAUCCAGUCUGAAAGCACAGGGUCAAUGGCUUAUUAUUGUUGUGUGGGUGAGCUGAGUGAUCGACUGAUUAAAUUACAAGGAAAACGAAUAUGAUUAUUCACAAAAAACACAUGUUGACUUUUAUGAGGAUAGGGUAAGGCACUAUCACAUUUUAGAAGAAACUUGGUGGGAGGCAGCAUGGGCUUUAGGAAAGAAUCAGUUUUGAAGAAAGUUUCCCAAAUCUAAAGUUCAGAAUAUAUAUUUACCUGUUAACCAGAAAGGUGAAGAACAGCAUCUUGAAGGACUGUAACCACAGCAGCUAGCAUGGUGUACAUUCCUGACUGUUCUUUUUAGGCUUUGCUUGAGAGAAACAAACCAAAACUACUAUCUAUUAGGGAACCUAUUCUGAUAUUGAUAGGUUUGUGGCAUCUCUAUUGACAGCAGUGGAAAUAACCACUGAAUGCCCUUCCGCUUUUACAUGGUACUCUGCCUCUCCAAUUGACCGAUAGGUAUGAACAAAGACAGGAUAAUGACUUUUGCUUCAGAACAUUUUCCUUCAAAGCUGUACUCCACUUUCUGUGGGUGCAAAGACAAAGAAGUCAAUGUGAAGUUAAAAUUGGUCUUACCAGACUUCACUGACUUGGAAGAGAUUCGGUAUUUCACAGUGUAGGCUCAAUUUUGUCUCUUCUCUAACCUUGUACGUUUUCUCCAGGCACCUGAGAUACCCACAAUGUGUUCUACUCAGGGUACUGGAAGGCUGAACUGUCAGCAUGGCAGACAGCUCCCAGCUGCUGCCCAUUGCCUGGGUUGUCCAUCUGCUCCAGAGCCUGCCCUCAGCUGGGUUCAAAAAAUACCCCGCACCCCCGCAUCCUCAACUCAACGGGCUUUUGUUUGUUAAAAACUGCAAGGGCUCUUGUAGAGAAUGCAUCUACGCUGCUAAAUAUGUUACCCUUGCUGAUGUUUACAAGAGUUGCUGGGGAAAACAAAACAAGGCACUUUUACAAGCAGACCUAGGUCCACUGCAUCACUUAAUAGCAAGCAUUAUAUAUCUUAUCUCAGAUAUUCACCCUCUCUUUACAGCUGAGACAAGAUGCUGAAGUCUAGGUCUGAGAACAUUUCUGUCCAUAGACUUCUUGUAAUAAGUGUGGCUUCCAUAGCCUAGCAGGUAUACUACUCAGCAGAGAUAUUUCCAAGUCCCUCUUUGCACUUGAAUCCACAUCCCUUAUUGCCAAGAAAAGGGACUGGAUCUAAUUCAGCAUCUUUCCUGCCUGAAGCUAGAUUGCUUUGCAUGGAAUAAUUUAAUCAUUGUAUUAGAAUUCAAAUUGCCAACAGGUUGGAUUAAUUUUGUAAUCAGCAGAUGAGAAUUAAAUUAGAAAAGAUGGGUUACCUUCUUCUGCUCUAAUGCUUAUAAUUGAGCUCCAGGGAAAAGUCAAGACAUUUGUAGAAAUCCACCACUGUUCUCAGGCAGGCUUAUGUAUGCCUAGCGCACAGGCUUCUACACAGGCCAUUCCCAGGCUGUGCCUUUAUAACAUUGGUUGCAGAGCUGACCUUGGAAUGAAGCACCUUGGGCUUAUAAUACCGAAUAAUUUAAUACCUAGUUUUUACAUUGCAACACCUUUGCUACAGUAUCUGACUACUACAUAUGCACAUUAGUCACUGUUCUGAAAUAUAAUUAAUUAGCUUCUUGUAUGUAGAGUAUACAUCAUUUUUCCACUUAGCACCUACAUUUAUGUGCUUUGUAUAGGAAAAGUAGCAACGUAAGAAUCACCGGUAUGUGAAGAGCUACCAGGUACAGGUGAAACCUUUAUCUACAUGAUAACACACGCUGGAAUAAUUUCAUUCAUUAACAUUCAAGAUGGGUGCUAAUUUUCCAGGGCCCUGCUUGAUUGUUUUCAAAUCCAGAAAAAAAAGUUUCUGCCGCUUGUGCAGCUGUUAGCAAAAUUUGUUCUGCUACGGCAAUAGGAAGCUGUAGAUACGCCGUAACACACUGCUGCACUGGAAAAAAUCUAUGUAAUGCAGGACAGACAUAGGAAUAGACAGCGGAGUCUUUAUGUGUGUGCUAAGAAAGCUGUACUUAGUUGCUGUCACAAAGUUUCCUUCUACAGUUUGAUGUGCUUUUAAGCCCUGAGGCUCUUUUUGGCCUUCCCACUCACUGAAGAACUGAGGGCUUUAGCCCAUAGGAAUAUCUGCAGCAGCAGUUGUCAAAUUUACCUUUUUAAGUGCCGGCUUGUUAGAAGACAAGUGAAGAAAAAUCCAAAAGCCUGAUGAUCUCAGACAAACAGCUUUGGUGUGUUUUUCUUCCUCUCCAAUUAAGCUUCCACUGCUUUAUAUUCUUUAAGAACUGGUAAAACUAAGCGGGGGGAAUUGCCGUCAAAGCAGAACUACAGUAGUACCACACUCUGAGAAAUACUUUAAGGCCUACAAAAUGAUUUCUACAUAAUGCCUCAUAUCCACUUCAGUAAAAUCUUUUACAAGCCCACGUUGUUAUUCUUGCCAUCUCUAUUUCAGAAUUUAUACUGUGCAUUUCUUUGAGUAGCACGAAAGAAGUAAAGCAACAGAAAGCACUGGAACAGAUGAACCACAUGAACUUUUAUUUCUUGUGCCUUUCAGCUUCAUUCUCAUUUAGUGUAGUAAUUUGUUUCACAAGGUAUUAAUAGGAUAGUCUACAAAAUUCACCCUGGUAUUCUGUAACUAGAGUUUAAAGCAAGUUAAGCCUUUAUUUCCAUUAUUGCUGCUAUAAAGUUUUAACAUUUCAUGGAUGUUACCUUAAUAUUUAUUUGCAUGUCUCUCCUUGUUUUAAAAACACCCAUGGGAUCUGUGAAAGGUGUCAAAUUAUCAGCUCGCCAUCAACAUGUUUAUUUUAUUCCUUGUGAAUAAAGCUUCAACUCGCUCACAAAACGCUCUCAAUUACUGGUCUACUUACCUUUUCCUAAAUUAUCACCUGUUUGUUACUCCAUCAUUAGCAGAAUGCUUCCUAAGAUUGUUGAGACUCUUAAUUCACAGUUCUUCCAUGGAAGUCCAGACUUCUAUUCCAUCUCUGUGCCCAAUACAAAGCGUGCUCUGAACCUGCAGAGGCUUCAUUUAUCAGAAACAAAAUGGAGCACGUUAUCCAUAUGGAGUUAGGUGACAUCAUUAAAAAGAACAGCGAGAACUCAGCUGGUUUGUACAUCUCAGCCAGAAGAUGGUGAAAGAUAUAUAAGCGAGAAAAUUAUGCAGCUGACUUUAUGUAAUAUCUAGAAUUUAUACAACAGAGCAGUACUAGAAGCUGACAGUGCUGCAACGAGAUACUGAAAGAUGCUUAGCAGCGUUACAAUGUAUUACUUGUUCCCUAACCUAUUAUUCUUUCCAGUCCAACUGACACUUCCAUUUGUUCAUCCAACAGACGACAGAACCUGUGGUAACCGUAAAUCACUGCUAAAACAGUAAAUGAAAUGGGAAAGAUCAAGUUGUCAUUUCUGUUCUCAACAAAACAGGUGUAAACUCAACUAACUGCUCUUCACUAAAGCUUAAUAUCAGUGGCUUGUUUUCAUGCAAUCAUUUAUGUAUUAGCAACACUGAUAGAUC